UACACUCAUUAGCUACUGACCUCUGUAUAACAUUCUGCUACUAUUUAUAUGCGUUUGCACCUCGGUAUUUCUUGUUUAUAAAAGGCAAAUUAAGACUUUAUCUUUUAUGAUCUUACAGGCUGAUCUGGGGGCGGCAGCUACGAGACCUGAAGGCUGUAUUAACUGUCAGCAGGUCAUUUGCAAAACAUCCUCAUAAAAGUGAAGAAGCCUGGGAGGAGUCAACGUCACUUGGAAUAUUCUUAAGCCGGACACCAGCUUCAGAAAGAGCUUGGCAUUCAUUGCGUUGUGAUAAGGGGAACUAAACCGAUGUUCUUUCUGCGCUGAGAACCAAAGUGAACGGCUGAGAGCAACUGUCACCAGCAAACAUCUGUUUUCCUGUGUUCUCUGUUGAGGUUUUCAGAAAUAUUACAGAGAAAGCUCUGAAGUCCAACUUGUCCCUCUUUAAUGUCAAAUCGAAGUUCAACUGCUAAAGCCAAUGAAAACCAUGGAUCCAGUGGAGACCAACUCAACUUCCAACGGCACCAUGUGCUCGGUUAACAAGGAGUUCACAUUCCGCUUCUUGCCCUCGGUUUACCUGAUUGUGUUCGUGGUGGGACUCGUGGGCAACGGUGUUGGUUUGUGGAACUUGUGUAUAAACCGCAAGAAAUGGACACCGGUCAAUAUCUUUGUGAUGAACCUUGGCAUUGCUGAUCUCCUUUAUGUCAUCACUCUGCCAUUCUUCGUGGCUUAUUACACCAGGAAAGAAGUGUGGCAAUUUGGAUACGGGUUGUGCCGCCUGACUCGCUGUCUCUUUCACGUCAACAUGUACGCCAGCAUCAGCUUUCUAACCUGUAUCAGCGUCCAGCGCUACUUGGGCAUUGUCCACCCAUUAAAGACAUUGGUUAAAUACCAGAGUUUACGCCAUGCCCUUGUAAUCACCGCCUUGGUGUGGCUAUGGGUGAUCAUCCAAGUGGCGCCCAGUUUCUUUAUCACAAAGAACGACACCGAUCCGGAAUACUGCCAUGACUCCACCAGCAACAGACACGAGAACGUCAAGAGAUACACCCUUUACACCAUCAUCUUGACCUUUACCGGAUUUUUCAUCCCGUUUCUCAUCAUCGUGGUGUGUUACGCCAAGGUCCUCAACGUUCUCUGGAAAAAUAAAAAUAUCGACCCCGCGGUGAAAAGAAGGAUCAUAAAACUGAUCGGUAUCGUCUUGGCCCUGUUUUUCGUUUGUUUUUUCCCAUUUUACAUUUUGCGGAACUUUAACUUGUUCUCCAGACUUUGGCAGUUGCAAGGGAAGUGCACCCCGGCCCUGAAGAGCACCUACAUCGCCUACCAGGUCACCCGGGGCUUGGCCAGUAUGAACAGCGCCAUUAACCCGUUGCUUUACUUUGUCACCGGCGAGAACUUUUUGUUGACAUUUAAGAAGGUCAAGACCAAAACAUGGCACGCGUGUGUGUAUAUUGGGAGGACUCGGAAUCCAAUGCUAACUGCUAAUGCUGAUGGGUAGGAGGAGCCACCAUGCUCAUUGACUCCAGUCAGCUGGAGACAGGACUAGAACUAGCAGGGGCACCUACCUACUGCACAGCCAUUCAGGGACAGAGUAUGGGUGCGAAAUAUGUUUAUUACCAAAAUGUAAAGAACUAUUGAAAACAGCUCCCUCCUGUGUAAGUUGGUCUGUGCCUUUCACUUUCUGCAUUCAUGGGGUAAUGGUAAGAUAGCACCAUGGGCAGGGGCAGAUAAUGCUUUUGUCAUACAUAUGGACAGUCCUUAAAUGGAUACUAUCAUUUUUUUCAAAAUUAAUCAGUUAAUAGUGCUGCUCCAGCAGAAUUCUGCACUGAAAUCCAU